CGUAUACUGGGAACCAGCCCUGUAUAACGUGGCCAUCCCGCAUGAGCAGGCAGUUGAGAUCUACGUAGACGAUGCCCACAGUGGCGUCCGUAGUGUACACGUCGUGGUCCAUGAGCUUGAAUUCAAUUGGCUGGCUCUGUAGUACCGAGUCGUCGGCCACGUCGAAGCGGAAUUCCUCGUCCCAUUUUGGGUUCAAAGUCUUCUUGGACACCGAUGACUUGGCCUCGAAGCUCGCAAACGUGAUGCUCACGUACGCGUCCGCCAGCUUGCUCGUGCGGUCCACCACAGGCAUGUCACGGGCCUCCACCAGCCGGAUCUUGAUCGUGCACGGCAUGCUGUCUCGAUCUUGGCUACAGCGAGAAGAUCCACGUUAGCGAUGCUGCUUGUCACGUUGGCGGUGCUGCUGGUGCUGUGGCUUCUAGUCCGAGCUGUGGGGGUUACUAGAGGACGUGCAUUCUCUCUAGAAGGAAAGGUGGUGGUGGUCACGGGCGCAGCGAGCGGUAUCGGGCGGAGAUUGACGCAGAAAGUGUUCAAAGAGACGACAGACGUGGUUCUGGCACUACUGGACAUUGAUACAGAGGCUCUCAAGGCGCUUCAGACGGAGUUACUAUACUCCCAAGACGCUGAAGAGGGAAGCAAACGGGUGAUUAUUUACGAGUGUAAUGUGGCAGAUCAUCGGUCGGUUGAAGCGACAAUCGCUCGCGUGGUUGAUAAUGUGGCACCAAAACACAUCGGAGUGCUGAUUAAUAAUGCUGGUAUCGUGAUGGGGAAGUCACUUGAAGACUUGACACCGGAGCAGAUUCAGAAGACGUUCGCAGUGAAUACACUGGCGCAUUUCUGGACAGUGAGAAAUGCACUCCCGUCCAUGAAGAAAGCAUCGGAAGCGAUGCUAGUGACUCUGUCGUCCGUGAUGGGAAUGACCAGUAGCGCUGGAUUAACCGACUACUGCGCGAGCAAAGCGGCAGUGAAUGCCUUCCACGAAUCUCUCCGCUUGGAGCUGUGGCGCGACGAGGUCACGUCGAUUCGGACGCUGUUGGUUUGUCCUGCUGCUGUGGACACGGGAAUGUUUGCUGGAGUUCUGAGUGCAGACGACUGGGCUCUCAAGAUCUCGCGCUUUUGCAUUCCAAUGCUGUCGGAGUCUGAAGUGGUUGAUGCGAUCUACCGCUCGAUACGACGUGGGGACGAGCUGUUGGUGUCGUGUUUUUCAGGAUGGAGGGGGGUUGCUUUAUCAUGGGCCCCUGUCAUUUCACGUAUGCUACCAGUGCCAGUGUAUGACGUUGUGGUUCGCUUAGGUGGGGGUUUAAACGGUAUGGACACGUUCGUCGGAAGGCAUAACAGCAGUGACAAGGAUAAAGUCAAGGUAAACUGAGCAAAGAAGAGAUAGUUGUGCUUGCUUGCGAGCAUUUCAGAUCUUCGUGAUUGCUUUCCACGUCUACAACACUUUCGACAGAUAGAAUAGUAGUUUGCGACGCCGCUCUGCAAUCCUAUCAGCUCGGUCGAUGUUGAAAUCCUCAUUCAGCAGGAUACUGAGCUCGUUGAUCUGACGUGACACCACUUGCUGCACGCAGUAGGGGUCGCUGGGAAAAACUCUUGCGGGACGACGUCACCAACUUGGAGCAGAGGAAUCUGGCGGAGUGGAGCUGGGGUGACUGGAAGGUCAUUCAUUAUCAAGAUCAGGUCUUGCCUUAACGAAGCGACGGAAACGAUGCGAUCGACGGCAAACUGCCGCAUUAGCAACAACGCGAGAGUUGUAUGCAGCAGCUCCCAUGUUUCCAGAAUCGGGUUGGUCGUUUGUUGCCCAUUCAGCCCUCACCCACUCGUAUUAUUUGGCGGAAUGUCUCCUGCAUGUUACGCUGUCCCCCCUGAAAGUUUGCCGGUUGUCGCUGGAUGCAACGCAAUUCUUGGAUCAUGUAACGCUCGAAGGCUUUGGCUCAUUCGGGAGCUUGCUCGUCGGAAUCCAUCGGAACCUCGUGCUGCUCGUCAUUAACUAGAGUAUCUGCUUGUGUGUAGCUUGAGCAAAUGCAUUCGAGAUCUACACCAUUAAAAGGUUAACCCCCUUUUAAUGGCGAAGAUCUCGAAUGCAUUUGGCCGAGCUUGGACACUAUUGAUGGAGAACUUCAGAAAAUAGCAACUUGAAACACGCCCGCAUGAUAUCGUGAAGUCUACGAGCUGAAUAUGUUCACAGUGUUCAUUAACUUGCAGGACUUAAAUCUGCCGACACUGUGAA